AUGGACGACAAGAUGGAUCGGAUCUUUUUCCAGAACCUGUUGAUGUACGUUAGUGACGUUAGCGAAGGCAAGGAGCGGUUGAGUCUGUUGCAGGUAAUGCUGAUGCAGCACGUCUCCGCAACUGCGUUGAUCAUGUUGCCGAACCUCUGGUUCCUCGGGCCCCUCCGGUGGUGGAUCCCUUGGCUGUUCCAGUGCCUUUGCGCCUACGUGGCCCUGUGGAUGGGCAAGAAGCCGCUCCUCCGAAAGUACAUGUCCGUGGAAGACUGGGAGGACGAAGAUGUGCAGGAGCGCAUCGGGAUGUGGAGGAAGAAGGAUUUGUGA